AGAUCGAGGGAACAUCAAGCAGCUUCGUAGUACAACUGGUAGACGAGUGCAGAAGCAGGAUGUUGUACGCGUGCAUGCGGGAGAAACGCUUUCUGCGAGGUCUCAGCGACGAAGUAUUGGAGGUUAAACACCAGGUGCAGCUUGCCUAUGGCCAGUGGGAGGAAAGGGAACUGCGGAAUCUGCAAUGCGGGGAUUUUUGCCGAAUGGUUCUUGCAAGGCGUCUGGGGGUCCCGGCAGCGUGUGUCGCACUCCUGCCAGAGGACGAAGAUACACAAGACGAGGAGGAAGAUGAUAGCGCGUCUGGCGGUGUCUGUGAGAGCCAAGUCGUGAGUGACGAACUACCCUCCACGGCCGCUGCGCCGCGCGAAAGGCAAGGAGAUCAUGGCAGAGGAGCACAAGAGCAGACGCAGCGAGGCCAGGACAGCUCCUGGGAUGAGCACGGCGAAUCGUUAGCGGCUACGGCUUUUGAUUUUGGCCCGCCGGAGCCCUUCUUGCCCUACAGUGCCCGGUUGUUUCCCGCGGCCGACAGUAGAACUUCUGGGGUCCCUUCCACCCCCAGAACCACGACACGCUUUCUGCGGGCGAGGUGUCACCGGGUUGUGGUCAAUACGGCGUCAUGGCGUCUCACGUGCAACCGUAAGGUCCCUUCCGAGAGGACACCGACCGUUGGCAAGGGGGCUGUCGUGCCGGAUUUCGGAAAUCGACGGCUGUACGUGCAAUCAGUGCCAUUAGGAUCAGGGGAGCAACACCGUCAGAGAGUGCGGGACUUUAUAUGCUGGAACGUUUUGUGUAGGCAGCAAGUAGCAACUAAUACUAAUCUGAAUUGAUAGAAGCCGUCGGCAAUGGGGAAAACAAAAUGGGUGAGAAGAUAUCAUGAAUGGAAACAGGGUUGUGAAUGAAUCUGUGAUAAUGCAGCAUUGCUAAGGGGAAAGCUAGCCGAAGCAGUUCUUAAAUUUUGGUUUACUGAUUUCGCUGCGUUGAACUGAUGGAUUCUGUAUAGUUUGACUGCAGUAGCACUGUGCUGCCCCGUAGUUCCACGGGAAUACCACAAGCGACGACGCUCUUUCCGACCGGGCCCCAUCCGUUUUUAG